AUGGCAUGUACGAAAAUAUUUUCGGGAGAUUUUCCUGAAAUAAUAAGUGAUAUUAUACAAUAUUUUCAGUAUGAUUCUUCAACAUUAUAUUCAUGUAUUCUAGUAAAUAGAUUAUGGUGUCGUUCGGCAAUUCCAUUAUUAUGGGAAAAUCCAUUUUUACUGCAAUACCCUAAAAAUUAUCGUUAUAUUGAAGUCUACUUAUAUAAUUUAAAUGAUGAUUAUAAAACACAAUUAAAUGAAUAUGGAAUUAAUAAUGAUUUAUUUCCUUCGAAUACAUUAUUUAAUUAUCCUAGUUUUAUUCAACAUUUAGAUACCCGUAGAAUUGGUGAUUCUAUUGAAAAGUGGGUUGCAGCUGUUACAGUUAAAGAGCAAUCUAUUGUAUCAGAAAUUGUUGAUCAUGAAUCUUUAAGAUAUACAAAAAUGAUUUAUAAGUCAUUAUUUCGAUUAUUUAUUGAAAACGAAGCAAAUAUACAUACUUUUAAAUUUACAAUGCUUGUUGAUAAUGAUUUAGAAUAUUUUAAAGAAAUUUUUGAAUUAAUUUUACAAAAUCAAAAUCUACUUCGUAAUAUUAAAAAUUUAACACUUUGUUUUGAACCAAUAACCGAAAAUAUAACAAAAUUUAUGAAAUAUCUUUACUCUAAUUGCAAUUCUGUUUUAUCACUUUAUUUCCUCUUUCCAUCAUCUUGUAAUUCAACUACUGAAAGACAUUUUUCCCGUAUGAUUGAUUCACAAAAAAAUCUCAAAAAAGUUUACUUUAGUUAUAAUUGUAACUUUUCUUUAUAUCAUUCAUUAUUAUCAUUAAAGAAUCCAAAUUGUAUGAAUACUUUGAGAACAAUUAUAUUUUAUUAUAUUAAUUUCAAGAAUAUAGUUGUUUUGAAUGAAGUAUUUGAACAAUUAAACUGUUUGGAAUCUAUUCAUAUUCUUUAUUGUUUCUCUUUAGAUUCAAAUUUUACUCAACAAAUUAUUAGUAUGACUAAACCAUUCAAAUUAAAGUCUUUAAUUAUGGAUGAAGUAUUAAUUGAACCAUUACAAUUAUUAUUACAAAAAUCUGGUGAAUAUUUAGAAAACUUUGGACUUGAACAUGAUGAAUUUAUACAACAAGUAUCAGAAUUAAUAAUAAAAUAUUGUAAAAAUAUUAAUUUCUUGCAAUUAGAUGAUCUUAAUGACGAUAUUAAUAUGACACUUCAUUUAAUCGAAAAUAUUAAUCAUCAUCUUAAUUACCUCACCAUUGAAAGUUAUGAACUUAGUUCAAUUAUAUUACAAAAUUUAGGACAAGUUCUUCCUCCUAAAUUAGAAUAUUUGAAUUUGAUUCUUACAAUUAAUAAAAGAGAUUUUGAAAUAUUUAUAAAAAAUUUUCAAAAUACUUAUACCAAGAAGUUAUUAAUCAGCAAUGUUAGAGAUGAAACACGAGAAAAAGAAGAAGAAAAGAAUAUUUUACCUUAUAUAAAGGAAUAUAUUAUGAAAAAGAAAAGAGCCGAGUAUUUUGCUUUUCAAGAAUGUUUUACUCAAAGUUUUAACCAUGAUGACUUGUUUUCUAUGGAAGAUGAAGUAAAAGAAUUUAAAUUAUAUAAUAUUAUAGUUCAAAAUUAUAAUGAUUUAAAUAUUGUAAUUCAUGAAUUUAUAAAUGAAAUGUACUAG